AUGGAUCUCGUGUUGGUGAGGGAGAAAGGGUUGGGAUUGUACCGGCGGAGGAAGAAAUUGCUGAUUUUGCUCGGGGUGAUUGGGGUGUCCGGUUACGGCGCGUACAAGGUCUACAACUUGCCUUCCGUCGCGAGGAGGCGACGGAAGCUGGUGAAGCUCGCCGGAGCGCUGAUCUCCGUUGCUGAGUUGGUGUCCGAUUCCGCCGAUACGGUGGGGGUCGUGUCUAGGGAUUUGAAGGAGUUUCUGCUGUCCGAUUCGGAUGAAAUCCCCAAUAGCUUGAGGCAAAUCUCCAAGCUCGCGAAAUCGGACGAGUUCUCCGAGUCGUUGACUCGGGUUUCUAAGGCAUUAACGGUGGGGAUUCUGCGUGGGUAUGAUUCCAUAUCGAGUAAGGAGAAUCGAUCUGCCGUGGAUUCCAAUUUCAGCCACAAGCUGACUGAGAAGCUUUUCUCUGAAGCCGGGACUGGCUUCGUCUCUGUUGUGGUCGGAAGCUUUGCCAGAAAUCUGGUUCUGGGGUUCUAUGCAGCUGGUAGAGAUGGCCAAGGGAGUGAAAAGACGUCUUCUUCAGCUGAAGUCCCCGGGUGGGUUAGUGUGGUUUGUAAUGAGCAGAGUAAGGAGCUUAUAGCUGAUUGUGUACAGAAGUUUGUGAGCACUGCAGUCACUAUUUUUCUCGACAAGACGAUCCACAUCAACAGCUAUGAUCAGUUCUUUGCCGGCCUUACCAACCCGAAUCAUCGAACCGAUGUCAGAGACAUGCUGGUUGAUGUCUGCAACGGGUCCCUGGAAACCCUUGUGAAAACUUCUCAUCGUGUCUUGACAACAACAGGCUCAAGCACCGAUCCAGGGGAAUCUGCUUGUUGUUCCAUUGUUGAAAGAGAAGGUGGAAAGAAUGGAGACCUGAAAGCGGAAGAGGAUUCGUUUGAGAGCAGCGGAUGGAUGAAGCAGGUUUCGUCGACAUUGGCAGUGCCAAGUAACAGGAAGUUUGUGCUGGAUGUUACUGGAAGGGUGACAUUUGAGACGGUGAGAUCGAUUGUGGAGGUUUUGUUGUGGAAGUUGUGGGAUGGUUUGAAGAGAGGUGCUGAUGUGGUUCAUGAUGGGGCAGUGGAAAGAGGGCUUCAGGUUGUUCGAUAUGUUGGUGCUAAGUCUUCUGUUAUUGUUACCAUUUGCCUGGCAUUGUAUUUACAUGUUGUGGGCGGCGCCAGGGUGAUGUUGCCUGCUUGA